CCCGCGCGCCUUGGUGACUUAACGCCGGGUUCCUCCUCAGGCCAGGCGACCUCCCGGCCUGGGGAGCGUAGCGAGGUUCGGGAGCCACCGGUGACGCGGGCACCGGGUGGACGAGAGGGACGGCUCCUGGAGAGGCCCGAAGGAGGCGAACUCACCAGUCUCGGGAUACCGGGACAAAUGGGUGAGGGUCAGUCCCGAACGGGAGCGCAACUUGCAGAAGAGAGACUGCCCAACAAGACUCUUUCGGGGAACCCUCCAGCUCCUCACCUCCAUGGGCCAGACGGCCCUGGCUGGGGGCAGCAGCAGCUCCUCCACCCCACAGGCCUUGUACCCUGACCACUCUUGUCCGGAAGGCUUGGAGGAACUGCUUUCUGCUCCCCCUCCUGACCUGGGUACUCAGCGGCGCCACGGCUGGAACCCCAAGGACUGCUCAGAGAACAUCGAGGUCAAGGAAGGGGGAUUGUGUUUUGAGCGGAGGCCCGUAGCCCAGAGCACUGAUGGGGCCCGGGGUAAGAGGGGCUACUCUCGAGGCCUGCACGCCUGGGAAAUCAGCUGGCCCCGGGAGCAGAGGGGCACCCACGCCGUGGUGGGUGUGGCCACGGCCCUCGCCCCGCUGCAGGCUGACCACUACGUGGCGCUGCUGGGCAGCAACAGCGAGUCGUGGGGCUGGGACAUUGGGCGGGGGAAGCUGUACCAUCAGAGCAAAGGACCUGGGGCCCCCCAAUAUCCAGCCAGACCUCAGAGUGAGCAGCUGGAAGUGCCGGAGAGGCUGCUGGUGGUUCUGGACAUGGAGGAGGGAACUCUGGGCUAUGCUAUUGAGGGCACCUACCUGGGGCCAGCCUUCCGAGGACUGAAGGGCAGGACCCUCUAUCCGGCAGUAAGCGCUGUCUGGGGCCAGUGCCAGGUCCGCAUCAGCUACCUGGGCAAAAGGAGAGCGGAGCCACAUUCCCUUCUGCACCUGAGCCGCCUGUGCGUGCGCCAAGCACUGGGGGCUACCCGGCUGGGCCAGGUAUAUGCUCUGCCCUUGCCCCCUGCCAUGAAGCGCUACCUACUCUACCAGUGACGCUGUGAUACCAGAUUGCUGGGCCUUGAUGCCACCCAUCCCCAGGGGCAGGGGAGGAGGCACUGCUGGCUUAGACCAGCUACUUGAAGCCAGUGAGGCUAGGCCCCUGCCCCUAUCCCCAACCCAAGUUCUGGAGAGCUCAACAGCCUGAAGGUGAAGAGAGGGAGCUGUUAUUCAGGCUGUGGCACCCUGGUACACAGGACUUUUUUUCCCUCAAGUACAAAUAAGAGAUAUGCUAUUGUAAAAACCUGUUUGUGGUCUUUUUUUGCACAAGGGUCCUGGGACUGCCUCAAAAAG